GCUGCCGGGAGCUUGUAAAAGUGUCGUCCGAAGAGGACAAAGAAAGAUCCGUGCAGUCCUCCUCCUCUCUGCACCUACACUGUCUCUGCUCUCUGUGGGACAACAUGAUGUGGGCUGUCGUGUUUUGCACCAGCAUCUUGCCUUUGCACCUUUUCCUUUGCGUUCAUUCUUCGCCGGUGCGCGACCGGAGGACGACCGUGAAGCAGCAGCAGGGAUGGCCAAACAGCAACAGUCACACAGGUGUGAAGAAGAGGGGAAGAAAUGAGCAGGACACGCUAAAUGAAGACUACCAUUUGAAGUUUGUUGCAGCUUCCCAAAAUGACACAGAGCUCUGGAAGCGUCCUCGCUGUGGAGUCCCAGACUAUCCCAUCUUAAUGCAGGCCAACAUGUCUUACUACAACCUGAAGAAGAGGAAGGGAGGCCUGAGCAAACAGCAGCGCAAGAAGCGAUUUGCACUCUUUGGAGGGCGUUGGGAGAAGACUGACCUCACCUACAAGAUCAUGCGUUUCCCCUGGCAGAUGAGUGAGGAAAAAGUGCGACGUGUCUUCCAGGAAGCGUUUGGAGUGUGGAGUGCAGUGACUCCUCUGAGGUUCAGAGAGGUUACCAAUGAGAAACCUGACAUCAUCAUUGAUUUCAACAGGUACUGGCAUGGGGACAGCUUACCAUUUGAUGGUCCUGGAGGAAUCCUCGCCCAUGCCUUUUUCCCCCGCACUCACAGAGAGGGAGAAGUCCACUUUGACUAUGAUGAGCACUGGACUGUGGGCAACGGUGUGGGCACAGAUCUCCUCCAAGUGGCAGCUCAUGAGUUUGGCCAUGUCCUUGGACUGCAGCACUCCUUGGAACCUGACGCUGUCAUGUGUCCAUUCUACAGCGACUCCUACCCUCUGCAGCUUAGCGAGGAUGAUAAGAGGGGCAUCCAGUAUUUGUAUGGACCCCCUCGGUACACACCGCCUGAGAUGACUGAGACGAAUGAGAUUGACAUUGCAUUGCCCGAUGCCUGCAGAACAAACUUUGAUGCCGUGUCCAUGAUCAGGGGAGAGCUCUUCUUCUUUAAGUCUCAAUAUGUGUGGCGUAUCCGUGAUGGCCAGCUUCAACCUGGAUAUCCAGCUCUGUCUUCACGCCACUGGAGAGGAAUUCCUGAUCACAUUGAUGCUGCAUAUGAAGACAAGUCCGGCAAUAUCUGGUUCUUCCGAGGUGACAGCUACUGGGUGUUUGAUGCUGAGAGGAAGAUAACAGGACCAGAUUCAGUGCAGCGACUGGGUCUUCCUGUAACAGAUAUCCAAGCAGCGUUGAAGUGGGAAAAAGACCAUGUUGAGAAAGUCUACCUGUUCAAAUCUGCUUCUUAUUGGCCAUUCAAUAUUCAGGAGAAUCGAGUUGAUGAUGUCCAUCCUCACAGCAUCCAUGAGUGGGGAGGAGUGCCCAGUCAUAUUGAUGGAGCGUUUUGGGACAGUUACGGAUUUGCCAAUUUCCUGAGUGGACUUCACUACUGGAAGUUUGACCCUGUGGCGCUGAAGGUGCUGGAAGGCUACCCCCGCAGCAUAGGCAUGGAUUUCUUUGGCUGCUCUGCCUCUCUGUCUAACUAAGUUUCUUCUGCUAAACAUUUUUUAGUUUAAUCUCCCAUACAGAUAUCUUGGAAAUGUAUGUAAGUCUGAUGUAUUUUAUUCAGAAGUACCACAUGAAUAUAACAACAAAUUCUUGCCUAAGUCAUUACCUGAUGCAUCUGACUUAUUUUUAAAAACAUUUUAAAUUUUAAUUUUUUGUAAGCAUUUAAAAAUGCAUACAUGUGUAUGUUUGGUUUCUAAACUUUACUGUGAGUGUAAGUUCGAAAAGGUCAUAUGUUUAUGUCAUUUUAAGAAGACAUCUGGAGACAGCUGGAUGAAAUUCUGGAUGGUGAUGAAAUUCACAAGUUUCACAUCCAAGCUUUGGUUCUAAAAUCCACUACCAAGUUGUCCGUGUUUGUGUUGCAGAAAAACAUUGUCGUCACCAGAGCCCAUCACUGAAACCAGGAUUAUUAAAUUAGACAAAACUGAGAACACAGCCAUCCCAUGUGAAUAAACUUUAUUGAACUGUCAGUGAACAAAGCAAGUACUGGCUUACAUCAAUUUUGUGCAGAAACAUUGCAGCUUUGGCUGCAGGAAGCCUAAUUAAAAUCUGCAGAGUGAGUUAACACAAAAUUGCGUGAUGUAAAUUUUAUCUCCACACAUGUCUGUAUACAGCCUGAAAUUUGUGUCUGCACAAUAACUAUGCUACAAGGGCAAUAGUGCAUAUGCUUAGCAGUAGUGUGUAUACAAGGAAUACAUAGAUGUCAACCACUAAUCAUAUAUACAGGCGAGUCUUCCAAGUCAUUCCAGUGGACUAGAAAUAACUACACAACUGUGUAUCUGUGUCUGCAUGUGAGUACAAUCAAGACUGAACACUGGCCUUAGAUGGUUGGGCCACUUUGGUCCAGACUGAAGUAUCUCAACAAAAUUUACUGGAUAGAUUGCCAUGAAAUGAAACCUUGUUUAUAAUUUAGCUGUCCAGACUGUAAUUUAAGUCAAAUUUCGAAAAAGCUGUUUCCAAAUGUAUAUUGCUGCCAUACGCACAUAUGACUAACCGUGUGAGACUGGCAAAGUGGCAAAGGGAUUGACAUCACACAGGUUGAAAGGCUGCUCACCCUAACCUUCACUCCAUCUACUCAGCCUUACAAGUUUUACAAUCUUGGCCUUUAUUUGUAUUUCCAUAAGAUUGUAAUUAUUUGUUGUCAUUAAUCACAUUUGUGCUUUGACUGCUUUUGCAGUUUCCUGUGUCCUCAGUCACAAACCAUGCAGGUCUCCAGAAACUUCUCUGUAAACCAUUUAAUACCAAGAAGUCAGGACCAGUCAGGAAAUGACUCAUUUUUGCUGAAGCAGGGCGGCACUGUAAUAAUGUCAUUAUUAACAAAAGUGUUUCCAGUCUAAUAGUUAGCAUGAAGAUAGAUAAGCUGCUGCCCUGAUGCUGACCUGAUGUCGUUAAAGACUGAGUUGUAUUUGCUUUUUUGUGCUGCAGAUGGCCAGUUUGUGUCACAAUUGCAGCAGGAGAGUGAUAUUCACUGCAGCAUUUCCAAAAUGAGUGAAGCCAUGUGCUACAUCUUUCAGUAUUUAAGGUGCUAUUUAAGGUUCUGUAGGCAACAUAAACCAGUACCUCAUAUGUCGUUCACAUUCAAAAUAAUCUGUUCUUUUCAUUAUUCACUGUACUCCACUGGAGCAUUUUAUAGAGCCAUUCAGUAGUCCUUAUUAUCUGUUGAAGAGCUUUGACUCAGAUCUCUGAUUUGUUUGUAAUUUCAUUAGAAAAACACUGAGACUGUAUCAUUCUCAGAAAAUACAAACCUACAUUAUGGCUGACUGUAACCUGCUAUAAAUUAAUUAAACCAAUCAAAGAGACGAGUCAGAGCUUCACUAUGGUUAGACUUCAUGUAUAUAUUUUUUAUGGAUAUUACAUAUGUUCACUUGUAUUAAAGGUGUUACUGUUUUGUAAUCAGUGCAGGUCACUGAUGAUUGUACUGACCUGUAAAAUACACUGUGGUGUGCCUGCAAAACAAUAGUCCAGUGUAUCAUGGACAUUCAGUGUUGUGAUUAUCGUCAUUGUCAACAUGCCUUGACAACAUCUUAAGUUCCGUUGUGUUGUGCUUUUGACAUGUAUUGCUCUGUUUGCCUUUAUAUCCAGUGGUUUGUCAUGGUAAUAAAUCAGUUCUUUGUUUACAAUUAAAUAAAAAAUCACUAAUUCUCCUAAUUUCUGUAAACAAUGAAUUCUAUUAGGAACUAUGUUAUGUGGACAUUCUGGCUGAGGUGAAAGGGACAUAUAAACCACAGUAAGUUAGUUAUUGCAGUUUGACUGAAAAUUUGGAUCUGAUACAUGCAAUCAACUUUAAAAUACAUUUGAUUUACACUGACUUGCAAUAGGGAGAAUGACACUUCUUUCAUGGAUAAUCAGUUUAUUUUCACAAUGGCAUAAAGCUGCUAGCUUUACAUCUUGAUGGAAAGAGAAAGAGAAAUGUCAUAGUGCAUAGUAAGUCACAUACGGAGUACCAGAAAUACCAGGAUGUCCUACUACAUCUGGUUUCAUUCCACAGUUUGAAAGUAUGAUGCUUUUGUGGCCCUUCUGAGCCACAGCCCUCUGCACAGCUGAAGAUUAGUUGGCUAUUUAAAUUUAUGAAUCAGCGCUGGGCUGGCACAUUUAUAAACUAUAUCAGAGGAAGAAGAAAAGUCCUUCCUCAGUCUGAAAACAAGUGUUUAUGCUUGAAACAUCAUCAUGAAGUAGUAAUUAAAUAAAUGGUACUGAGAACA